AUGAUUGAACUUGUUGAGAAUGCACUUGAUUCUGCUGAAUCCAUCUCCGAUCUUCCAGUUGUAGAGAUAAUCAUUGAAGAGAUUGGUAGAAGUAAAUUCAAUUCCAUGAUUGGUCUGGCUGACCAUGAACGUAGUUUGCAAUUUAUAUCUGAGCAAUUCUGUUUUUACUUGAACACCAAAAGGUUAAUGCUGAGAAGGUUGAUGUAUCUGGGAAGAAGAGGAGCCAAAAACUUUAUAGGAGGCACUCCGGCAGUGGAGACUUUUGAUCAACUGCAACAGAGAAUUCCUGAAAGAAUCAUUGAGCAUGUUGUCCAUGGCAUGCUUCCCAAAGGGAGGCUUGGUAAACAACUAUUUACACAUCUUAAGGUGUAUAAAAGUCCUGAACAUCCUCAUGAGGCUCAAAAACCUGUUGAAUAG